UAAAGAUUCCUCUAUAUAUUUUUCUCUAUAUAAAAUCCCACAUUCAUCCAACCAAACAAAAACACAACAAAAAGCAUAGUUUUUCCCACAGUGCCUUUCUGUGGUCAACUUUGUUCACUAAAUAAUAUUUAUUCUCUUCUCCAACCCCUCCUUCCAUGGCUUCAGAUUCCAAUUCAUCAAACCUUAGAAUCACCAUUGAAAGCAAUCCUCCCGAGUCACGCCUAGCCGAAUUGAACAUCAAGUAUUGGCCAAAAUGGGGUUGUUCUCCAGGGAAGUACCAAUUGAAGUUUGAUGCUGAAGAAACAUGCUAUUUGCUGAAAGGGAAGGUGAAGGCAUAUCCAAAAGGGUCAUCAGAGUUUGUAGAGUUUGGUGCUGGAGACCUUGUGACCAUACCAAGGGGACUCAAUUGCACUUGGGAUGUGUCAGUUGCUGUGGACAAGUGCUACAAAUUCGAGUCAUCAAAUUCUUCUUCAUCAUCUUCUUCCUAGUGUUUUGGAUCACUCAUCAUUCAUCAAUCAUCAUUGAAUAAUGUUAUUAAGUUAGUUUUAGAACUCAUUGUUUCGUUCAUCAUAUUAUUAUUCGUUCUAGUAAUUAAUUCUUUCACAGUUUCAUUAUCUAGUAGUAUUUUGUUGAAGACUGGUGGUAGGGUUGGUUUUUUCUCUUUGGUUGGUUUUGCUGGGAAUUGGUAGUUUUAGUCAAAGGAGGAACCAAUCAGUCAAAGGCUUGUCCCGUUCAAACCAAGCAUCUUUAUAGAGUCGGAUAUUUAGAUACAAUUUUUAAUGUUUCUUUGACUCAUCAAUUAAUCCAGGAGAUUUUUUCAAAAUUA